AUUUGGAUUCACAUUACAUAGAGACUUGCAAAGCAAAUAGUGGGGCCAUUAGAUUUCAAGUCAAGUCUAAUUCAGGAUGUGCACAACUUUAUUUAUCCGGAAUAAAUCCUCCACACAAAAACCUUUUUGAUAUAACUUUAUCUCAUGAAUCCAGAAUUGGAAACCUGGAGACCAGAAAUAUGGACAGCGCCUCAGCUGUAACUACCUUCAUUAAUUUGAUAGAACAGUUCCAAGAGUUCUGGCUGACCUGGUACAAUGGCGACAUUUGUCUGGGUGUUGGUGAAAACUCAGAGCCCUUCCUUAGAUACAAAUAUCAAAAUAAUGAAAAAGAAAUGAUUGGAUACAUCAAAUUGAUUAAAAAUGCAUUGACAGAGUGGAUAUAUGAAAAAUCGCCUAUCAUAUCAAGAGUCCUACAACCAAAGAAGUUACAAAGUGGUGAAUUACGUUGGGUAACCCUCAUUGACCAUAAGUUACCACCUGACGCUCUGAUAGCGGGGUUUGAGAAAGAGCCUUUGUAUAUAGCUUGUGCAUUGCAUGGACAUUCUACGUGCCCGGGAAAGUAUGUACCGUCGAAACGGAAAGCUUUCGUGCCGUGGGGCGGCAGGGAACAUGCGAAAGAUCAUUUCCAGGUCCUCUGCGGCUACAACGCCACUUGGGUAAAAACCGGCUCGAACAAGAUACCCCAAAACGCUUUCAUCGGCGGUAUUUCCGAAGUCAGACAGGAGCCCCUUUACAUCGGAAGAGCCGUGCAUGAGGGCAACCUUAUCAACGGCAAGAUACACGUCAUAUACCAUACCUGCUACAUACCCUACGAGGGUACGGAGAUUGAGAAGUACGACCAAUUUGAAGUGUUAGUGUUGCCAGACCAAAAUUAUCGUGGAAUAUUGGGAGUUCCCGAAUUCGAUAUGUCAACUUCUGUCUCAUUUCAAACAUAG